AUGUCUGCGCAAGAAACUUGUCUGAUCGUUGGUGCCAUCACUGGCAUCGGCAAAGAGACCGCCGAACUUCUCGCGAAGAAGGGUUGGCAUGUCGUUGUCACUGGCAGAAGCCAAGGUAAGGGCAACAAGGUAGUAGAGACUAUCACACGAGACGGCGGUAGUGCUUCAUUCCAUCCUGUCGACGUGACCAGUCAAGAAUCGGUCGCUGCCCUCCACAAGCAUAUUCCCGAAACCCAUGGCCGCCUCGACGCAGCUGUCAACAAUGCUGGCAUGUCGAGUACCUUUCAGCCAUUCCACGCAACCCCUGUCGAGAACAUGGGUCUCAUGUACAACGUCAACCUCAAGGGAACCUUUUACUGCAUGCAAGAGCAACUGAAGAUGAUGCUGAAGCAAGAAAAGCAAGACGAUGCCGGCAAGAGAGGUGUUACCAUCAACAUGUCCAGCAUGUCCGGUCUUAUCGGUGUACCAUAUGCUGCGCCCUACUCAAGCACAAAACACGCUUCCACGGCCCUUAAAUACGCCGCCGAAGGCAUUUUCAUCCCCGCCAUCGCUCCUGGAGACAUCGACUCCGGGAUGUACGUACUGGAGGAGAGUUACGAGGGCGGCGCAUACACAAGGGAACAAGCUGCCGCCAUGCAUCCUCUGAACAGAAUCGGUACAUGUGCCGACGUCGCAAAGGCUGUGGCUUUCCUGUUGGAGAAUGACUUUAUCACUGGAGGUGUGAUCAGUGUUGACGGUGGCAUUUCUGCAAGGUAG